AUGCAGACCAGAGGAGCUAGAAAACGAGCGGCCGAUGCGUCUUUGCUGGCUCAAAAUCAGGCAAGCCCAAAGAUCACAUCGAUCUUCGGAACGACCAAGCGUGCUGCAGACGUUGGCCUGGGCGAUUCAAAGCUACAGAAGAGCAACCAGCCAAGCGAACCAGAAAAGAUCUUGACUGGUCCCGAAAAGAAUGUCACCAGAUGCGCAUCCGCCGACGAAAUUCCAGAGCAAACGUUGGGCGAGACGUGUUUCUCGUCCACAACCGCCUUGCCCGUAGCGGAGUCCGCUCGGGUUUUGCACCCGCGCCCCAAGAGCCAUGAAGAUCCUGCUGGCUGGUCCAUCACGAACAACAUCCCUGAGGAAUUGAGGAUUCCCGUUAGUGUCGAGAGUGUCGAUAUCGAGAAAACUUCGAACAAAAGGGGCCGAACCCCCAGGCGGACCAAGGAGAACCCUUACGGCCUGAAGCCUGGUCAGACACCCUUUCCAGACUGGCCAGCCCCAUCUCCCGAGGACUGUGUAGAGGUGCACAGAAUCUUGACCGAGCUGCAUGGAGCGUUUACCGCCCCCGAAAAAAUCCCUGCUCCAUCUACAUCAGUAGCAGGGUGCGGCGAGGUACCGGAUAUCGUGGAUGCCCUAAUCAGAACCCUCAUCAGCGGCCACACGUCAAUGCAGAACGCCAAUUUGGCCAUCCGAGAUGUCACUGCAAAGUACGGGCAGUGGGACGCCAACAGUAUCGGGGCGGGCAGCAUCGCGUGGGACAAAGUCCGGUUGUCGGAAGAAUCAGAGGUGGUGGACGCCGUCAAACGAGCCGGAUUGGGACCGACGAAGGGUAGAGACAUCAAGAGUAUCCUCGACAUGGUUCACCGAGAUAACCAGAUCAGGCUCGCAGCCUACGUCAAAGAGAAGGAGACGGGGGAGAUGGCUGACAUACUUGGUGCUCAAAAUCUCACGCAGGGCCAGAAAGACCACCAGGUGAAUAAGAUGGAGAGUGGGAUCCUGACGCUCGACCAUGUACGGGGCCUUACUUCUGACGAAGCUAUGCUGGAGUUCACCAAGUACCCUGGCAUCGGCGUCAAGACGUCCUCCUGUCUGAUCCUCUUCUGCCUCCAACAGCCGAGCUUCGCCGUAGACACGCACGUCUGGCGGUUCUGCAAGUGGUUGAAAUGGGUUCCCCCAAAGGCAUCGCGGGAUGACACGUACAUGCACGGAGAGGUCCGGAUUCCCGAUAGGCUGAAGUACGGACUUCAUCAACUCUUCAUCCGUCAUGGAAAAGAGUGUGGACGAUGCCGGAGCGCCACUGUUGAGGGAACGGCAGACUGGGACAAUGUAACAUGUCCGCUCGAGGAGUUGCUGGAUCGAUUUGACAAGCGCAAGACAAAGCGGCAGGCGACGAAGACAAAGGCGAGCUCUGAACAAAAAUCGCUGGACCGCGAAGUCGGAGAGGAUGAGGCAGAGCAAGGACAGAAAGAAGACGGAGAGACUCGAGAAGCAUGA